AUGAAACACUCAACUAUUUUAUUACUUUGUUUUUUACUUGUUAUUGUUCUUGGUGACAAUACUAAUACCACUGUUGACCCACCUUUUACACCAAAUCCUAAGGACUCUAUUCCUAAAAAUAGAGCUUAUCACCCCAAUUGGUUUAGUGGAAAAGACCAAAAUGGGACAUUAAAUUAUUGUAAUAACCCUGAAGGAUUUAAUAUUACAAAAGAUAUUACUGAGUCUUGUUUUAUUAAGCCUUAUGUGGAGUCUUUGGCAAUUCCAUCUGCGUUCCUUAUUAUUCUCUUUAUUAUUGUCGUUAUUAUUAUAAUUAUAUUUUCUUGUACUAGAUGUUGUUGUGGACCUUGUUGUGCUGCUAGACAUGGAGUUUGUUGUCCAAAAGAUGAAAAAGCCUAUUCUACAUUUGAUUGGUUGCUCUGGUUAAUUGUUUCUAUUGUUAUAUUUGCAGCCUUUUUAAUUCCAUUCUUAGCAGUUGGUUUUGUUGGAAAUUCUAAUAUGACAGUUGCAUUAAAAGAUGUAAAGGAUAGUUUCUUUGACACAUAUGACUCUAUGGUUGAAAUUUAUAGAAAGACAUAUAAUACUAUGGAAUCUAUUGAUUUAACAGGAUUACAAAAUUUAACUGGUUUUGAUGAUAGUGGUUUCAAUAGUACAUUAGAAACUAUUUCUGAAUUAAAUGAUAAGAUUAAUAAAGUUGAUGAUACUGUUUCUGUAGCAAAGAAAGGAGUUAAUUGGAUUGAGGUUGCAAGGGAAGUUUUUAUAGAUAUUAUUUUCAUUGUUCCAUUAGUUGGAGUUCUUUUAUUCUUUAUUGGGGCUGUUUGUAAAUGUUGUUGUUUAUCUAUUUCAAUUUUCCCUUGUUCUAUUAUUUUUGCAAGUAUUGCAGUUAUUGUAGUUGCAGUGGAAUUCCCUAUUGUAACUGUUAUUUCAGAUAGUUGUGUAUAUCUUAUUGAAACAAUGGAUCCAAAUAAAGUUAGUAACGAUACAGACAGUAAUGUUGAAUUAAUUCUUUCUACAUUUAAAAAUUGUAGUGGUUCUGAAUUAAAUACAAUGAUUAAUCAAUUUUAUGACGUUGAAAAACAAGUUGUAGAUAUUGGUGUUGAUUUCUUUGAUACUGUUUGUAGUCCUGAUAAUAUUGAAACUUCCAGUUUAAUUCGUUGGAAUUCUGACCAUUAUAAUGAUUGUACUACAUCUCCUAACAAUAAUGGUGCUUGUGUUUUAAAACUUAAUACAACAAGUACUACUGUUACUGUUUCUCCUAUGAACUGUCCAGCUUCUCCUGAUCGUGAUACUGCAUCAAUUUCUGAUAUUGUAUACACUGUUGAAAAUAUUACAUUUUCAGAUUAUAAGUUCUAUUACAUUGAUUAUUCAAAUAUUAAUGGAAAAACAGAAGCUGAAAUUCUUGCUCAAAUCAGUACUGCACCAGUUAUAUGUGAGUCAGCAAGUUAUCAAACUAGUGGUAAUUCAGGAAAAUGGGUCAUAACUGAUGUUGCAUGUUCUGGUCCAACUAAGAUAGGUAUUGACCAAUGUGCUACAGCAUGUCCAGAAGAUUAUAAACAAUACGCUGAUACUGUGAAUUCGUUAUUGUCUGUUGCUAAUUCAUUAACAUCAGUUAUCGAUAUUAUUACAAAUGAAGUUAUUCCAUUAAUUAGUUGUGAUUCAAUAAAUACAAAAGUAACAAAUGUGAAAGAAGCUACUUGUUAUAGAUUUAUUGAUCAUGAAACAUUAUUGGUUGCUGGAUUAUUAGGAUAUGCUGUAUCUUUAUGUAUUAUCUUUGGAUUCUCUUUAUUGGCAAUUAAAAGAUUUAAUAGGAAGAAUUAUGGUCAUGUUGAUGAAUCGACAAAAUAUUAUGAUGAUGGUCAAGAUAGUAAUGGAAUUGAAUUAACUAAAGAUGUUUGA